CCACCAGGCAGCAGUGCGGCGGCCACCUAUCACGACUCUCUGGUCCAUGUCGUAGCGUAUGCUCGGUCAAGGGACAGCCAACCUGUGCCUCGGCAACACCCCAACCAUCCGAACGGCAUGAUGUCCGCGGCUGCGGCGUCGCAAUGGCACAUGAUGGGACGAGGACCGUACUACAAUAACUCUGGAGCAGGAAGAACAGGUGCUUCCUCUUACAACCCGCGUGGAGGUAGCUCAUCUCAGCAUAUGCGGAGUAAAGAUGGAGCAUCACAUUCAACCGGAGGCGGCGGGUCCGGAUCUUACUAUAACAGCGCUCCCCACAGCAGUGCCAGAGACUAUCAUCGCCCAGCAUCCGCCUCAAUGUCGUCGAGUGCUUUCCACGACUAUCAAAACUCCCAACAUCUUCCUCCUCGUCCAUCAAGAUGCCAUGGCGGCUCUAGCGGUCCUUCACUGAGUAGCUCUCCGCCUGUUUCGGCCAGCAACUCAGCAGGUGCUUUUCGACGAGGGACUCCCAGCACAAGUCCACAACACGACCCUAGUUUUCUUUACUACCCCGAACGGCACCCUCCUAAUUCAUCUCGUGCUUCUGGUCCUGACUACAACGUCUGCUCAAACUAUCACAGUAGUCCGACUAGUUCUCCUCCGAUAAGCUUCUACAGAGAUUCUCCUCCAACCGCCGCCUCUGAGCCACGCGACAAGGUAUUGAGGAGCCACAGAAGUGCUCAACAGCAUGGUGCUUCUCCGAUUUCUACUCAUGAUUCCACCAACCACAGAGGCCACAGAGCUGUUCCUGGGAAAGGUCUACAAAGUAUCAGAAGUACAACAACUACUACGACUAUUACUACAACAAUCAAUACCAAUUUUCCACCAUGUAUGGCUAUGCAACAACUACCUGCAGGAGCGCGCAGUAUGAAAAAUACCUCCAGUGGAGGUCUUGUUGCGCCUUCCGGUCAUUCUGGACCACGACCUUCUGGCGUACUUCUGCAUGGACAUCGUCCGAGUAGAGAACGAGGACCAAGAGGACACGUUUCACAUUCGCAGUCCCAGAUUCCGUUGAUGGUGCAACAGCAGCAUCAUGCCUCAUCUUGUUCUAGGUCAAC